AUGAACUGCGAACACGCAAAGGAUCUAACCCCUUCCCCUCUGCAUACCCCCAACGUAAGCAGUACCACAUCCACUGUACGGUCAAAGAGCAAGGCAAGCAGCAUCGAAAGUCAGGCCAAACGGAGACAAGCUUUGGAACUACAAUGGUUAGAGGAGGAAAAGGAGUUGGAACGACGAUAUUUAGAACUCAAGUACAAGAUUCUGUUAGAGGGCGGUAGCGACUGCUCGUCGAUUGUUAGUGAACCCCAAUCAGUAUCAAUGUCGAAGGUGAAGAAGUGGAUAGACGACACGGAUGGAUACGGCGAGAAGGUUGACUGCGGAUCUGAAGCCGAGGAACUAGAGAAACGUCCACCGAGGAACUCGACUGCGUCUAUAGAGCACCAUGCUCCAGUUCCAGAUCAGCAGCGUGCGACUCAAGUUAAUAUCCAACUCCGACGACCCCCACAACGUGUUUCCGGCCAACAAGAGACUCGGCCAAUCUUCGGCAGCUCCCAUAUGCGACAAUCAGUCGCUCUCGCACCGGAGGCUGGAUCAUGGGUCGAAGCGAAUGCGUUUGUACCAGGUCAGCGUUCCACCCCCGUUGGACGAUCAUCCCUCCCAGCGCAUGGGCUCAGUGACGACACGGCUUGUGUGUUGAAUCGAAGUCAAAUCGCCGCACGCCAGGCAGUUUCGAAGGAUUUGCCGGACUUCAGUGGUAAUCCGGAAGAUUGGUCGCUGUUCUUCUCGAUGUUUAACUCGUCGACUCAGAUGUGCGGAUUCUCCAAUGAGGAAAAUAUGUUACGGUUGCGUAAGUGCUUGAAAGGAAGAGCAUUGGAAGCAGUAAGAUGUCGCCUGCUCCACCCAUCGAACGUUGCGGGAGUCCUUUCAACUCUCAAGAUGCUCUAUGGACGCCCGGAAGCAAUCGUGCAGGCGGUUAUCAAGAAGAUACGAUCAUUGCCGUCACCGAGCAUAGAGAAGUUGGAGACAGUGGUGAACUUCGCGCUGACAGUUGAGAAUUUGGUCGCUACCAUUCAAGCGUGUGAGGUUAGUGACUUCGUCUACAAUGCAUCGCUGCGAUACGAGUUAGUAGGGAGGUUGCCACCAACGUUGAAGCUGAGCUGGGCCAGGUUCUCAAGGAACAACCCCACUCCGAACCUAUUGGAUUUCAGUACGUGGCUGUACGAGACAGCAGAGGAUGUUCACUCGGAAAUAGACUCUAAGGAUUCGAAAACAGCCAACUCUCCACAGCAACCAAUCAUCGUUGACAUCAAGAAGUGUGUGGCGUGCAAAGGGGAUUGUACGAUGCUGGCCAAAUGCAAACAGUUCGUGGCCUUAAGCUACGAUUCGAAGUGGGCGACAGUAAGAACUUACAAACUUUGUCGCAAAUGCCUGCGUAAGCACAACGGGUCAUGUAAACAAGAAAAACCAUGCGGAACAAACGGCUGUACAUAUCUGCACCAUCCUCUGCUUCACAGUUACGAAAACCCUCGAUCUCCUACAGCAGCCGCCGUUUACGAGAAAAGCUGCAACGUGCACCAAGUGCAGUCGGAGAUCUUGUUCAGAGUAGUUCCGGUCACUUUAUACGGUCCAUCGAAGGCAAUUCGAACCUACGCAUUCCUGGACGACGGCUCAGAACUCACGCUUCUAGAACAGAGUUUAGCAGACGAGCUCGGGUUGAAGGGACCAAAGAAUCCACUGUGCCUGAAGUGGACAGGCGAAACCACCAAGAUCGAAAACAAGUCACAAAACGUUAGUCUUCAAAUCUCCAGCGUAACGAACCCGAUCAAAAGGUAUGACCUAUCCAGUGUACGAACGAUUGGAAACUUGCAGAUCCGACCACAGACUCUCCUUACCGCGGAGUUGAAGCAGAGAUACCAGCACCUCAUGGGACUACCGAUUGAGUCGUAUAACGAGGCCAAUCCGCGAAUCCUAAUCGGUCUGGAUAAUGCCAGUCUCGGAUAUGCAAUGAAGAGUCGCGAAGGACAGUUAAAUGAGCCGAUUGCAAUCAAAACACGUCUCGGCUGGAUUGUUUUCGGCAGUUGUGUGGGAGAGAAGAAUGCAGGGCACUACGUAAACUAUCAUGCGCUACAGAUUUGCCAGUGCAACAGAGAGACCAGUGAAGAUCUUCACGAACUCGUCAAAGGUUAUUUUGCCCUCGACAGCUUGGGCAUAUCUAAGCAAAGUAAACUACUUCUGUCACACGAGGACCAACGAGCACAGUCAAUGCUGGAAUCACUCACUCGGCCCGUAGACAGCCGUUUCGAAUCCGGGCUUCUAUGGAAGUACGAUUCGGUCCGACUUCCGGAUAGUGCAGCGAUGGCACUGCGAAGAUGGCGAUGCCUAGAUAACCGCAUGAAGAAGGAUCCACUUCUGGCGGGAGAAUUGAACGCGAAAAUCCAGGAUCAUAUCAACAAAGGCUACAUUCGCAAGUUGUCCGCGGAAGAGCUGGAAGUAAACCGCUCACGAGUUUGGUACCUUCCGAUAUUUCCAAUCGUCAAUCCGAACAAGCCGGGCAAAACGAGACUCGUAUGGGAUGCAGCUGCCACCGCCUUUGGAGUUUCACUCAACUCAGUUCUGUUAAAAGGCCCAGACCAACUGUCAUCUCUUCUAUCUGUUCUGAUCCAGUUCCGGGAGUUUCGGACAGCGGUAUGCGGCGACAUCCGUGAGAUGUACCACCAAGUAAGGAUGCGGGAGGACGACCAGCAUUGCCAACGCUUCUUCUGGAAGGCCUGCGAGACAGAUAUCGACCCUAGCGUCUACGUAGUGCAGGUAAUGACGUUCGGCGCAUGCUGCUCGCCGAGUACGGCACAAUACGUAAAAAAUUACAAUGCAAAGAGAUUCGAACAAGAACACCCAGAAGCAGUUCACGCAAUCGUAAAGCAACACUACGUUGACGAUAUGCUUCUGAGUGUGGAAUCUGAGGAGGAAGCAAUACAAGUGGUUCGAGAAGUACAGACAGUGCACAGAUCAGCAGGCUUCGAAAUGCGGAACUGGAUCUCCAACUCACCCAAAGUUGUGGCAGCUAUGAGCGAAACAGGCUCCGAUGAGAAAAGCCUCAGUAUCGGCGACAAACACGUGUCAGAACGGGUUCUCGGAAUGUGGUGGAACACCUCAACAGACUGCUUCACAUAUAAAAUGUCACCGCGGUACGAGCAGCUACUGAUCAGUGGGCAGCGACGACCGACAAAACGCGAAGUGCUUCGGACGUUAAUGAUGAUAUUCGAUCCCUUAGGACUCAUAGCACACUUCCUAAUGCAACUAAAAUCCUUGCUGCAAGAAAUCUGGAGAACUUCAGUCGGCUGGGAUGACCCCCUCGAUGAGUCGUUGUUUCAAAAGUGGUUGUCAUGGCUGACAGUGUUGCCGCAGGUAUCGUCUAUCGAAAUACCUCGAUGCUACCGAACACUCACAUCCGCGACGGACGGAACGGUGGUACAACUGCACACGUUCGUCGACGCAAGCGAGAACGGUUUCGCAGCUGCAGUAUAUUUGCGUUUUCAGGAAGGAGAAACCAUCGAAUGCAGACUGGCCGGAGCAAAGACGAGAGUCGCGCCGCUAAAGUUUCUCUCCAUUCCGAAGUCCGAACUGCAAGCCGCCGUGAUAGGCGUGAGAUUAGCGGGAACCAUUGCCAAAUCGCUAUCCGUCAAAAUCAAUCAACGUUUCUUCUGGACUGACUCCAGAGAUGUCCUCUGCUGGCUCAACUCGGAUCACCGUCGGUAUAGCCAAUUCGUGGCCUUCCGUGUUAGCGAGAUCCUGGAAACGACGAACGUCAACGAAUGGCAGUGGGUGCCAACGAAGCUGAACGUGGCAGACGAGGGAACCAAAUGGACACGAGCUCCAGAUAUGACUGCCUCUAGUCGAUGGUUUUGCGGUCCCAAUUUUCUCUGGCAACCGAAGAAAGCAUGGCCUGUUUCCCCGCACUCAUUUGGAUCGACUAAAGAGGAGUUACGGCCUCAUCUUCUGCUUCAUACCAUGCCGUUGGACCCAGUGGUUCAGCCACAUGAUUUCUCGGAAUGGUCUUCUCUACUGCGCCGAAUGGCUUAUGUGACCCGUUUCGUGGACAACCUGAGGCAAGCUAAGAUGAAAAAACCAAGGCAGAGUGGCCCUCUGACUCGUGACGAGCUAAGAAAAGCGGAAAAUUACCUGUUUCGUCUUGCACAGCGCAGUGCGUAUCCCGAUGAGAUAGCAGUCCUGAAUGAACCGUUAUCAACCACCCAGCAACGCAAGUUUAUAAAAAACAACAGUUCGCUAAGCAAGAUGUGCGCCUUUCUUGACAGGAACGGCGUUCUAAGGGCCCGCGGCCGAACCCAAGAAUGUAAAUUCACAGAUUACGACGCCGCUAAUCCGGUUAUUCUUCCACGGAAUCACCACAUCACUAGGCUUAUCGUGUCCAACGCACACAAGCAGUUUAACCACCAGAACCAUGAGACGAUCAUCAACGAGCUUCGCCAGCGAUUCCGCAGUCCACGUCUGAAGGCAACGUACCGUGCGAUCCGGAAAGAGUGCCAACAGUGUAAAAAUAACCAGGCUGCCCCGCAACCACCUGCGAUGGCCGAUCUACCACUCGCUCGCCUGGCUGCCUUUUCUCGACCAUUUACGUACAUGGGGAUAGACUAUUUUGGCCCAAUGACGGUAUCCGUCGGACGACGCACAGAGAAACGUUGGGGGGUACUGGCAACAUGUCUUACCAUUCGCGCCGUACACUUAGAACUCGCUCACACACUGACGACAGAUUCCUGUAUGAUGGCUAUACGGAACAUCUUUGCUAGAAGGGGAGUUCCGGCAGUGAUCUACAGCGACCGUGGCACAAACUUCCAGGGCGCCAGUAAGGAGCUGCAGCUAGCGCUACAGGAACUCGACGACGACCGGCUGAUGCGGGAGUUCACUACGGCUCGAACGGAAUGGACUUUCAAUCCGCCAGCCUCUCCCCACAUGGGGGGAGCUUGGGAGCGUCUGGUUCAGUCCGUGAAACGGAACCUAACUGUGCUGCAAUCGAAUGCUACGCCAACUCACGAGGUGCUCCAGAACGCGUUGGUGGAAGUUGAGAACGUUCUCAACUCGCGGCCACUCACUAGCGUCCCGCUGGAGGAUGACGAAUCUCCAGUGCUGACGCCCAACCACUUUCUGCUGGGUACUCAAAAUGGCCUACAACCGUGGGUGCCGUUCGACGACAGCUCUGCAGCUCUACGAAACAGCUGGCAACGUUCGCAGACCAUGGCUAACCGAUUCUGGAAGCUGUGGGUUAGAGACUAUCUUCCAACACUAACUCGGAAACCGAAGUGGCUCACACCAGUAAAACCCAUUGCAGUCGGCGACGUCGUCAUCAUCGUGGACCCAAACCUACGGCGGAACUGCUGGCCGAAGGGUCGAGUUAUCUGUGUCAAACCUGGUGCAGAUGGACAAGUGAGAUGGGCGACGGUGCAGACAGCCAACGGAAUCUACGAGAGACCUGCCGUUAAACUCGCUGUCCUGGACGUAGGCGUUGAGGUGAAUGCUCUUCAGGAAGACCCUAACCGCAUUCCGGGGGGAGUGUUAAUAGCGCCAUACAGUUCAGCGAGCCCCUCGGCGCCCAUACAGCAAAUCAACAUCAACAAACCGCGCCCUUCGCCUUCUCGAGGGAUUGGCACGAAUAUCGGUCACGGACAAGACAGUCAGAUAGGAAGAAAGAAAAAAGUCAAGUCAUUCGGUAAAAAGUAG